UAGGAUCAUGGAUUUUCCAGGACACUUUGAGCAAAUCUUUCAGCAGCUAAACUACCAGAGGCUUCAUGACCAACUUUGUGACUGUGUCAUUGUGGUGGGAAACAGGCAUUUCAAAGCCCAUCGCUCCGUUCUGGCAGCAUGUAGCACUCAUUUCCGAGCUCUCUUCACUGUCGCGGAGGGAGAUCAAACCAUGAACAUGAUUCAGCUGGACAGUGAAGUGGUGACGGCAGAAGCUUUUGCAGCUCUGAUUGACAUGAUGUACACCUCCACAUUAAUGCUCGGGGAGAGCAAUGUUAUGGAUGUCUUGCUGGCGGCUUCUCACUUGCACUUGAACUCUGUUGUUAAAGCGUGUAAGCACUACCUCACUACCAGGACACUGCCCAUGUCCCCGCCGAGUGACAGGGCCCAAGAGCAGAGCGCCCGCAUGCAGAGGUCCUUCAUGCUGCAGCAGCUGGGGCUGAGCAUCGUGAGCUCCGCGCUGAACUCCACGCAGAGCACCGAGGAGCAGCCGAGCGCCAUGAGCUCCUCCAUGAGAAGCAGCGUGGAGCCGCGCUCCGCCUUUCCCAUGCGGCGUCUCCACAAGCGCAAGCAGCCCUCGGAGGAGCGGGCCCGGCAGCGCAUCCGAGCUGCCAUGGAUGAGUCUGCCUCGGACGCCGCCGCGGAGAGCGGGCCGUCCGCGCCGCACUCGCGGGAAGACUUUUUUUCACCCGAUUCCCUGAAGAUGGUGGACAAUUCCAAGACUGACGCUGUUGCUGAUAACCAGGAGGACAACACUGUCAUGUUUGAUCAGUCUUUCAGUGCUCAGGAAGAUGCCCAAAUGCCCAGCCAGUCUGACAACAGCGGAGGAAACAUUUCACAGAUGUCCAUGGCAACGCAGGUAGAAACCAGCUUUGACCAAGACACUACUUCAGAGAAGAACAACUUCCCAUGUGAGAAUUCAGAGGUCAGUCUGAAUGAAAAGGAACAUAUGAGGGUGAUGGUUAAAUCUGAGCCCUUAAGUUCCCCGGAGCCUCAAGAUGAAGUGAGCGAUGUCACUUCCCAGGCAGAAGGCAGCGAGUCCGUUGAAGUGGAGGGAGUAGUGAGUGCAGAGAAGAUAGAACUGAGUCCAGAAAGCAGCGAUCGUAGCUUUUCUGAUCCUCAGUCCAGUACGGAUAGGGUGGGAGACAUCCAUAUUAUGGAAGUAUCAAAUAACCUGGAACACAAAUCCACUUUUAGUAUCUCCAAUUUUCUAAAUAAGAGCAGAGGUGGCAGCUUUGGUGGUGGUCAAAGUGGUGACGACAACAUUCCAAACACAACGAGCGACUGCAGGAUGGACAGUGACGGCUCCUACCUGAUGAGCCCGGAGUCUGGGCCCGCAGGUGGCCAUUCCUCUGCGACAGUCUCUCACGUAGAGAACCCGUUUGGUGAGCCCGUGGACUCCCACUUUGUCAGACCGAUGCAGGAGGUAAUUGGCCUUCCCUGCGUGCAGACUUCUGCGUACCGGGCUGCAGAGCAGUUCAGCAUGGAUUUCCCAAGGUCGGGUCUGGGCCUGCAUUCCCUAUCCAGGGCCAUGAUGGGCUCCGUAAGAGGGGGAGCCGGCGGCUUUCCCGGCUACCGCCGUAUAGCCCCCAAAAUGCCUGUCGUGACCUCUGUCCGGAGCUCCCAGCUGCAAGAUAACGCGUCCAAUUCCCAGCUCCUAAUGAAUGGGGCCACCUCUUUUGAAAACGGGCAUCCUUCACAGCCGGGCCCCCCGCAGCUCACAAGGGCAUCUGCAGACGUCCUUUCGAAAUGCAAGAAGGCCUUAUCUGAGCACAACGUCUUGGUGGUCGAAGGUGCUCGCAAAUACGCCUGCAAGAUCUGCUGCAAGACGUUUCUGACGCUCACAGACUGCAAGAAGCACAUCCGCGUGCACACGGGAGAGAAGCCUUACGCCUGCCUCAAGUGCGGCAAGCGCUUCAGCCAGUCCAGCCACCUGUACAAACACUCCAAAACAACCUGCCUCCGGUGGCAGAGCAGCAACCUGCCCAGCACUUUGCUUUAA